ACUAAAUCAUAUUCCAUUUUAAAUUAAAAUGUAAAUACCUUUAGCAUGUCAGAAGCUAACAGCAAGCAGAUUUAUCAGUUUGGUUUACAUAUGGUCCUUUCUCCUCAGUUUGCUGUGACUGACUGUGGAACGACUGACAUGAAUACAUUUCAAGGUGUGCCAACUUACCAACUGUGAGCCUGCAAUGCUGCAGCCACACAGUGUCUUUUACAACUCAUUUCCAACAUGGGCCACCAGAGGACACCAGACCCAUACCAAAGUUCAUGUCUCCGGCCACUGUGGUCCACUAUAACCCUUCUGUGCCUUUUCCAGCUUCGUGUUUCCACAGCUGCCACCAUAAAGGUUGGUGUGGUGGGACCUUGGGCAUGUGACUCCAUUUUUACCAAAGCUCAUCCUGAUGUGGCCGCACGGUUAGCUGUGGCACGCAUCAAUAAGGAUCCAUCACUCUCACACGGCGUCACGUUUGAUUAUGUGAUCCUGGAAGAGGAAUGUGUGACAUCACAGUCUCUCGCCCGUUUUCUUGGUUUUUAUACACGAGCGUCUGGGUUUAUUGGCCCUGUUAACCCAGGUUACUGUGAAGCUGCCUCUCUCUUAGGAAAGAGUUGGAAUAAGGCAGUGUUUUCUUGGUCUUGCAUCGGAUAUGAGCUCGAUGACACGCGUAGUCACCCCACUUUUUCCCGCACCAUGCCUCUUCCCACCCUUGUGCUGCUGAGCUUCAUGCGCUACUUUCGCUGGGCACAUGUGGGCAUCAUUUCAUCAGCCGAGGAUGUCUGGGUGGAGACGGGAAUAAAGUUGGCUGAUGCCCUCCGGACUCAUGGAAUGCCUGUUGGCAUAGUGGCAUCCUUUGGUAAUGACCACAACAGUGCGUGUAAGACCCUGGUCAAGCUCAAGAAGGUGCAAGAUCUUCGCUUGGUCAUUCUCUGCAUGCACUCAGUGUUAAUUGGUGGAGCAGCCCAAAAGUUGUUGUUGGAGACGGCAUAUGACAUGCGGAUGACAGAUGGAUCAUUGGUGUUCAUACCUUAUGAUACUCUAUUUUACAGUCUUCCCUACCAUCACAUAGCCCAACCAGCCCUGCGCCAUAAUAGUAAACUGUUACGAGCCUAUGAUGCCGUGCUAACCAUCACUAUUGAGUCUCCAAAGGAAGAGUCUUUCUACCACGCUUUUGAAAAGGCUCAGGAGCAAGGGGAGCUGCCCAUGAACAUUAAUCCACAGCAGGUGUCUCCAUUGUUUGGCACCAUUUACUCCUCCAUUAUGGUCAUGGCUCAUGCUGUGCAAAGUGCCAGGGCAUCAGGUCAGUGGAUGUCUGGGGGAAACAUUGCCCAAAAUGCCCGUAAUCUGGUAUAUAAAGGCUUUAGCCAUUCAUUACAGUCAAAUUCCUCUGGGCUUGGCAUGCUGGAUUAUGUGGUGCUGGAUACUGAUGGCUUUUCUUGGGAGUUGCAACCUACGUAUCGUAUAGAGAUGCAGACAGAUAUGGUGCGCUUUUUGGGUCGGUCAAUUCACUACCCUCAAGGGGGACCACCCAAAAGCGAUUCCAGCUGCUGGUUUACACCUGGGAAUAUCUGUAGUGGAGGUGUGAAUCUAUUCAACACGGUUUUAAUCAUCAUCUGCGGUUUUCUGCUUAUCUUCUUCUUGAUUGGCUGUUCUUACUUUAUUAGGCGUAGAAUUAAUCAGAUCCGAAUGGUGCGAGGCCCAAAUAAGAUUCUGCUGACUUUAAACGAUGUUACAUUUAUCAACCCAUCUCUGAGCAAUAAGAAGCUGAGCUUGGAUGACAAAACCAGUGAGAUGAGAAUAAGUGAAGUUUCAGAGCGAAGCCUCAGGUCUCCACUGUCUGAGCAAUCGCCAGCCACCUAUGAGAAUUCAAAUAUUGCCAUUUACGAGGGUGACUGGGCGUGGUUGAAAAGACUUCCAUAUGGAAACUUCCAGAGCAUCACGCCUAAUACCAGUGAUGUAUUUGAGCUGAUGAAAGAUAUGAGGCAUGAGAACGUUAACCCCUUUCUUGGCUUCUUCCAUGACUGCGGAGUCUUUGCCAUAGUAACGGAGUUCUGUUCACGGGGCAGCUUGGAAGAUCUUUUGGUAAAUGAAGACGUCAAACUGGACUGGAUGUUCAAGUCCUCUCUUAUUAUGGACCUCAUCAAGGGUAUGAAAUACCUCCACCACAGGAACGUCUGUCAUGGAAGGCUUAAAUCUAGGAACUGUGUGGUCGAUGGACGUUUUGUGCUUAAAAUCACAGACUACGGCUACAAUGAGGUGUUGGAAGCUCAGAAAUUUCCGUAUGUUGAACCACCAGCCGAGGACCUUCUAUGGACUGCCCCAGAGAUAUUGAGAGGGGGUUACCCUGGUUUGUAUGGCAGUCUGCCUGGUGACGUGUACAGUUUUUCUAUCAUCAUGCAAGAGGUGGUAAUGCGAGGGCCUCCAUACUGCACACUGGAGCUGUCUUAUGAUGAAAUCAUCCAAAAAGUCCGGAAGCCUCCUCCAAUGUGCCGGCCUGUUGUGUCCCCGGAUCAUGCUCCAAUGGAGUGCAUUCAGCUUAUGAAGCAGUGCUGGAAUGAGCAGCCAGAGAAACGACCUACAUUUGAAGAGAUUUUUGACCAGUUCAAGAAUGUUAAUAAAGGGAAGAAGACCAACAUCAUCGAUUCUAUGUUGCGAAUGUUGGAGCAGUACUCCUCCAACCUGGAGGAGCUGAUCAGAGAAAGGACUGAGGAGUUGGAAAUAGAGAAACAAAAGACUGAGAAACUUCUAACACAAAUGUUGCCCCCGUCAGUUGCAGAGGCUUUAAAGCAUGGGACUACAGUUGAACCAGAGUACUUUGACAGUGUCAGUCUUUACUUCAGUGAUAUUGUUGGCUUUACCACAAUCUCAGCAAAUAGCGAGCCUAUUGAGGUGGUUGACCUUCUCAAUGACCUUUACACUCUUUUUGAUGCUAUAAUCGGCAAUCAUGAUGUCUAUAAGGUGGAGACCAUAGGUGAUGCUUACAUGGUGGCAUCAGGUCUACCUGUGCCAAAUGAAAACCGUCAUGCAGCUGAGAUCGCAAAUAUGGCCCUGGACAUUCUGAGCGCUGUAGGCACCUUUAAGAUGAAACAUAUGCCUGAUGUACCUGUCCGGAUCCGAAUAGGGCUUCAUACAGGUCCAUGUGUGGCUGGUGUGGUGGGUUUGACUAUGCCACGAUACUGUCUGUUUGGGGACACGGUCAACACUGCUUCUAGAAUGGAGUCCACUGGAAUGCCAUAUAGAAUCCAUGUCCAUUCCAGUACUGUGAAAAUACUGUUGGACUUGAAAUUGGGAUACAAAGUUGAGUUAAGAGCCAGGACUGAAAUCAAGGGGAAAGGUAUAGAAGAAACCUACUGGCUUACCGGGAGGGACGGCUUUACCAAACCACUUCCCGUACCACCUGUACUAAAGUCAGGGCAAAUGGCUCAUGGUUUGCAGAUGGAGGAGAUAGCUGCAUACAAGAAGCGGAAAGCAGAAUCACAGCUUGCAAAGAAGAAAAACUGAGGUAAUGUUAUGCAUGGAGAAUGUAUAACAUUACUUAAUGUGGCACUUGAAGUGGGGUUGGGGUGGUGGGAUUUGGGCUGGGUUAUAGAGUUAUUAUGGGAGACUGUCAAUUUUAUUUUAUAUUUUGGAUCCAUUCUCCAACAAUUAACAGGACUCAGUUCUUCUACUUUCAAGUAAUGUUUCUUUAAAUAUAUUAUAUUUUCCGGCACUCUUAAAAAAGAUGGGCUAUUUUCAUCCCAUGCUUGAGUAAAAAAUAUGGACAAAAAUGUCCAUAUUUCACCCAACCACGAGUUGAAAACAACCCAGCAAGGUUAAUUUAAACCCAGCAGUUGGUUUUGUCCAUAUUUUACCGAACCAUGGGUUGAAAACAAUCUAGCAUUUUAAAGUGUACUGUUUCAUAUUUUUAAGGUUUUCGUUAAAUGUUUAUAAACUGUCAUUUAACUAACUUGCUAUGCAUAAAAUUUAUCAUCUUAAUAAUCUGUCUGAUGUAAACCUUUUUUACAAUAA